AUGUCCUCAGGAGCUUUGCAAGCAAACACAACGCUGAGUGACCCGAAUGUGCCUUCUCGCAACGAUCCAAAAUGGACCGAGGUAUUCCGAUUCGAGGCCACGGGUCUCAUUCAGACCUCAGUGUCCGGUGAUGUUUGCUUUGACAUCCAGCUUUCAAACCUGCGCGAAGAGGCUCCUCCGCCCAUGGCACCUCGCAGGGAUUAA